AUACUGUUCAACUCUGAAGAAGUUACAGAGAUGUGUAGUGCAUCAGCAGACAAACAGCACCUGAGCCAGGAUUUCAGCCCUCCUGGCCUCUACAAGUCUGGUGCAGGCUUGGCAGCAUACACCAUGGACCAGGAGGAUUGGGAUACGGAGAUCGUGGAGGAGGCAGCGCCCGUCCUCCCGCCCUCGGAGGAGAUGGCUGUCUUCUCUCGCAGACCCGACGGCCCCCUGUCUGGCUUCUCUGGCAGACCAAAUGGCCCGCCGCCUGGCUUUGGCAGACCAAAUGGCCCACCGCCUGGCUUUGGCAGACCAAACGGCCCGCCGUUUGGCUCUGGCAGACCAAAUGGCCCACCAUCUGGCUUUUCUGUCAGAUCAAACAGCCCCUCGUCUGGAUUCAGUCAAAGCAGAAGCUCAUUUGGUGCUGGUGAAAGACCCAACAGAAGUCAGCACAUGCAGCAUGAUUUUGGAGGACAUUGUAGGAGCAGAGAUACUGGUGAGCGUCUGAACAGAGAUCAGCUGGUGCCUAGAUUUGGUAGCGGAAGGAGUUUUGGGAACAGAGAUUUUCAAGAAAGGGACGUUGAAGAAGAUCCUGGUGCGCAAAAAGGACGUUUUAGAGGAGUUCCUGGUGUCUUCGGGCAAGACAAGAGUAUUAGAAAUGAGCAUAGAGACAAACCUCCGCAGGGCAGCUUUCUUGGUCCUAGAGGAAGAGGACAACUUGGAGGUCAUUCAGGUGAUCGUGAUCAUGAAAACAACAUGCAUGCCAUAAGUGAAUGCCAAGGUCCAAAGGUGACUUACAUUCCCCCUCCUCCACCUGAUGAUGAGCAAACCAUCUUUGCACGUUAUCAAACAGGAAUUAAUUUUGACAAGUAUGAUGAAAACAUUGUCGAAGUGUCAGGACUUGACCCUCCAGCACCAUUAAUGUCUUUUGAAGAAGCUAGCCUCUGUCAGACUUUAAACAAGAACAUUGCUAAAGCUGGAUAUUCUAAACUUACACCGGUGCAGAAGUACAGCAUUCCUAUUAUACUGGCAGGGCGGGAUUUAAUGGCAUGUGCCCAAACAGGAUCAGGAAAAACCGCAGCUUUUCUUCUACCAAUUGUGGCCCAGAUGAUGAGAGAUGGCAUAACUGCCAGUAGCUUUAAAAAGCAGCAAGAACCAGAAUGUAUUAUUGUUGCCCCAACUAGAGAACUGAUAAAUCAGAUCUUCCUAGAAGCAAGGAAAUUUCUCUAUGGAACUUGUAUAAGGCCUGUUGUGAUCUAUGGAGGCACACAAACAGGCCAUUCAAUUCGUCAGAUAAUGCAAGGCUGUAAUAUAUUAUGUGCCACUCCAGGAAGGCUUCUAGACAUUAUUGGAAAAGAAAAGAUUGGUUUGUGUGAACUGAAAUACUUGGUGCUAGAUGAAGCAGACCGCAUGCUUGAUAUGGGUUUUGGCUUAGAUAUGAAGAAGCUGAUUUCUUACCCAGACAUGCCAUCAAAAGAAAAACGCCAAACACUGAUGUUUAGUGCCACUUUCCCUGAAGAAGUUCAGAGGCUGGCUGGCGAAUUUUUGAAAACUGACUAUUUAUUUGUUGUUGUUGGACAUGUGGGUGGAGCCUGCAGUGACGUUCAGCAAAGUAUUCUUCUGGUUCCCCAGUAUUCCAAGAGGGAAAAGCUGGUAGAAAUUCUACAUACGACAGGUCGUGAACGAACCAUGGUGUUUGUGGAGACAAAGAAAAAAGCAGACUACAUUGCAGCCUUUCUUUGUCAAGAAAACAUACCAGCCACUAGCAUCCAUGGAGAUAGGGAACAGAGAGAGAGAGAGGUAGCUCUUCAGGAUUUUCGCUCUGGCAAAUGUCCAGUUCUGGUGGCAACUUCAGUGGCAGCAAGAGGCCUGGAUAUUGAAAAUGUUCAGCAUGUUAUUAAUUUUGAUCUUCCUUCGACUAUUGAAGUGUAUGUACACCGAAUUGGACGAACUGGUCGUUGCGGAAAUACCGGCAAAGCAAUUUCAUUUUUUGAUAAUGGUUCAGAUGGCCAUCUUGCACAGUCUCUAGUUAAAGUGCUUUCAGAUGCUCAACAGGAAGUUCCUGUUUGGUUGGAAGAAAUUGCUUUUAGUGUUCAAGGAACAAAUCUCGUUGCAUCUGUUAAUACCCAAAAGAGUUAUGAAGGCGGCAGCAGCAUGAACCCAGAAAGAGAGAGGAUGUCAAGUUCUGCAAGUUCAUUUGAGGCAUGGGAUUAAAGCCAAUUUAGUACCAAACUGUUUUUAUUCUGUUGUGUUUUAAGUGAGCUAUUUUACUUAAUGCUCAUUACUGUUAAGCUUUAUGGAACAUUUGAUGUUCACAAGCUAGCUUGUAUCUUACACUGAUGCUUUCAACAAUGCAUACAUACUCAGUUAUGAUGAACCCAGGGUUGAUUAUAAUUUAAAAUGGCUCUUGCCUUCCUACGUACAGGAAAAAAAAAAGGUAUUUCUUAAGUGUUAAAUGGUUCAGUAGGUGUUUGAUGUUUUGUAGCUAGCAUGUUGCUAUAAUAGGUGGGAUGUGAUUCCUGUUUUGUUUGCAGGUGGAAUUUAGGAGAUCCCUCGAACUUACUGCUUUGUUACUGAAAUUU